AUGAAGAUCCUUUUGAUUCUCUCCGUAUUGUUCGCUCUGUGCCAUUGUAAUGUUUUUGAACAAGUUUUGGAGGACUUUGAGCUGUGGGAAGAGUUCAAGGCGAACUACUCUAGAUCAUUUUCGUCUGAUCAUGAAGAGAAUUACCGAAUGUACCAUUUCCUUGGCACUUUGGCGCGUGUAAGAAAACAAAACGAACUCUACGAAAAAGGAGAAUCAACUUGGAAGGCUGGAAUCAAUCAAUUUGCCGACAUGGUGAGAUUUACAAAUUUAUGUUUUUCUGAUGAUCAUGAAUAUAAAACGAUGUACCUUGGCUUCAAAACUUCAAAUAAGAGCAACGUGGUUGGCGCCACUUUCAUUUCCCCUCAUGGCGUCGAACUGCCACCCUCAAAGGACUGGAGGGAACUGGGAGCUGUCACCCCCAUCAAGGACCAGGGUCAAUGUGGAUCUUGCUGGGCUUUCAGUGCGAACGUCUUCAUUGCCUUGUUUUUACUUUCCAUUACGACUGUUUUCAUUUCUUUACAGACUGGAUCUUUGGAAGGGCAGCACUUCCGCAAAACCGGAGUGCUGGUUCCGCUGAGCGAGCAGGAUCUGGUUGACUGUUCCCAAAAAUACGACAAUGACGGUUGCGAUGGUGGAUUUGUGGAUAAUGCUUUCUUGUAUGUCAAGGAGAACAAGGGCAUCGACACCGAGGAGGCAUAUCCUUACGAAGGACAGGACGGCAAGUGCAGGUUCAAUGCAAGCAAUAUCGGCGCCACCGACACUGGCUUUGUGGACAUCGAGGAAGGAAAUGAGGACAAGUUGAAGGAGGCCGUCGCCACCAUCGGACCCGUCUCGGUUGGCAUUGAUGCCUUUACACAUUCCUUCUUGGACUACUCAGAAGGUGUUUACUACGAACCUCUUUGUAUUAAAUUCUUAUUAAACCACGCCGUGUUAGCUGUUGGCUAUGGAACAGAUGAAAAGACGGGUAUGGACUAUUGGAUCGUCAAGAACUCCUGGGGCACCACCUGGGGCGAAAAAGGCUACAUCAGAAUGGCUCGCAACAAAGACAACAACUGCGGUAUCGCUUCUCAGGCUAGCUACCCUCUUGUUUAAAAAUUAUC